GUGUGUCCUUUGCUUAAAGUCACGUUAGUGAGUGCUUUUUCAUGCUUUUGGAGAAACUUCACCGAAGGGACGUCCUUGGUGUAGUGGUAUCUGUUUAGGAUUUUUGACAGAGUGUCAACUUGGUUCGGACCCCUUUGUCGGUACCUUUCGUUAUAAUUUUUUCUUUGAGUUUUUACUUGGUUUGGAAUAUUUUUUGAAUUUUUUUUGUGUUUUAAAAUAUUUUUUUCUCGUUUACGUCGUUUGAAUUUAUUUAAAAAUUUAAUUUUUUUCACCUUCCAAAUUUUCUAAUAAUUUUUUCAAAUUUCUAGGCAUGAUCACAAAAAUUCUGUAAUGGCUGUUCAAUGGAAUAAAAAUGGAAAUUGGCUAUUAACCGGUUCAAGAGAUCACGUAAUUAAACUUUAUGAUGUUAGAAUGAUGAGAGAAGUGCAAACCUUUAGAGGGCAUAAAAAGGAAGUUACAGCCCUCGCCUGGCAUCCUGUCCAUGAAGGUUUAUUUGUCAGUGGAGGAGGUGACGGUGCUCUAGGUUAUUGGCUGGUCAAUAAUGAUAAAGAAUUGGCUUUGUUGGAACAGGCACAUGAUAUGGCUAUUUGGACGUUGGAAUGGCAUCCUAUGGGACAUAUUUUGGCGACUGGAUCAAACGAUAACAACACCAAAUUUUGGACUCGAAAUCGUCCAGGAGAUACUCAAGAAGAUGUUUUUGGAAUGACUACAGUUGGAGGUUUGUUCAGCUCUUCAUCUGUCCAUAAUUUUGAUGAUGAAAGAGAACCUAUUCCAAUUACAGCAGAGGAAGAUUUAAAUGCUACACCACAAAUACCUGGUUUGGGAAUUGAUGAACCAAUGCGUAGAGAAAUGAAUAAAGAUUUUGGUACAAUACUUGCAGCAACUUCCCUUCCUGGACUUGGAGGGCCUACAAAUUCUUCAACUUUUGAUCAAAAUAAAAAACAAGGAGGAGGGCAAUUUGGGGGGAGACAACAACCAAAAAGAAAUCAAAGACAAUUUGAGAGAAUGUGGAUGGUUGCCCGGCCCAGUGGCGGUCAAGAAACAUUUGAAGAUUAUGAACAAGAAGAAGAUGAAGACUUACAGCAACAACAACAAUAUUUAAAUAAUGAACAAUCAGGAGGAGGUCCACCUCCCCCACAACAUUUUAAUUAUUUACCACAACAACAACAAAAUCAUUUAAUCCGUCCACCACUUCCUCCUCCCCCACAAUUUUAUCAUCAUCAAACACUUCCUCCUCCACAAUUUACUCGGCCUAGAGGAGGUUUUUAUCCUCAACAACCAAGUCUACAUUCUAUGAAACAAUCACAACAACAACGUCCAAAUUUUCAACGUUUUCCCCCUCCACGAUUUUUUUGA